AUGGCGUGUAAAUACAGCUGUCAUAUAUCUGGUCUGUAGUUAUAUAGUGUAUAGCAGACGUUGUCUGUAAUAUCAAUACCCUCAAGCUACAGUAGCAGGCUGAACUCAGCAAUGAGACGCAGCCAUGGGUCUAAAUGUAGGGGGUGCGGAGGGGUGUCCCCCCCCAGUGAGAUGCUCUAGUCGGUUUCAAAUUUGCACAGUCGGUCUCAAAAUUAGGCAUUGUAUAAAUAUACGCAAUGCUAAAACAUUUUUGGAGCCCGACUUCUAAUGAGUCAGUCUGGAUUCACAAAGCAAACAAUACUGUUUCAUUCUGGGAUCAUGUAUGCCCCUGGGGGCAGCGCGCUAAUGUCACAAGAGCCUCUCGUAAAUAUCUUCCCGUCAUUUUCCUAGGGAGACCAAAGUCAAGCCAUUCAAUGAAAACAAUAACAAACGAAGCACAGUGGUUCCAGAAGACGAGCCAAUAAAACGCAAGCCAGGAAAAUAUCAGAAACUUCUCAAAGAAUUCUCCCAAGAAUCGAGUGCUGGUGGCAUCAAUAAAAUAUUUUCGUCCAAACCUAUCCUCAUUCGGUCGAUUUGGGUUCUACUGUGUUUGGUGUGUUAUAGUGCGAUGAUAUACCUCAGCUUUUCAGCUGUGAAGACGUAUUUUACUAAUCCGACCUCUACAUUCAUUGAUGUAUCCUUUGAAACAGUAAGUAAGAAUAUAUGGGAGGGUUUCACAGAGGGGGAUUUGUGUUCCCUUGGAAAUUUUUCUUUUGUUUCCCUAGAAAUAUUUCACCACGUUCGCUUCUUCCCCAACCUUGAUUGUUUCCUUGUUCGCUGUGAAUUUUUGGCUUUGUUCCCUUGUUCUUAUUCCAAAAUUUGCCUUGUUUCUUUCUUCUCUGGAUGCCCCUGCGGCAGCCGGCGUGUAUAUUGAAAUGAUAAGAGUGUAUAUGCAAUAUAUGCUAAGUUCUUUGUAGAAUUGCAUGGCGAUAAAACAUUUACUGCAAAGUUUUCGUUCCGUAAUCCCGGAUCUUCAUCAGUGCCAAUACUAUCGAAAGCGUUGCAGUAAAUUCACGUGGUGUUUCCACAAACAAAAAGUAUAAUAUUAUAGUGUAUAUACUGUUCAAAAACUGCGUCUUGGACAAAAUAUUGCAGAGUUAAUGUACAUCAGUAAUAUCCUGAGCAAGGUACAGGGUAAUCAUGUCCUCGCAGAUAUAUCUCAGAAUAAGGAAGGACACAUCUCAAAAGUGAUCGAUUCACGGGGCAAGGAUAAUUACUACCCUAAGUGAAACUCUCGAAGCACAGAAGACAACCAACCACAUUCCUACAUUACACACGUAAAAACGCACAAGUUGUAACAAACCUGAAGCAGACUUGUAGCAAUACUGUUCCAACAACUUGUCAACAGGAUUGUUCGCACUGCUUGUUCCCAGCUUGUUGACAACAUGCUAUAAGGUUGUUGAGGUCAACAGACUUGUUACAAGUUGUUUCAACAACUUGUUAUCGUCCUGCAAUUCAACAAUUUGUCAACAAGUUGUGAGUGACAACCUUGUAGCAACCGGAUGAAAUAAUAGCAUUGUUACAACUUGUUGACAAGCUUGCUACAAGCCUGUUGCGAACGCAUCUUGUUAACAAGUUGUGACUCGGAUUUAAAUGUGCACUAGGUCGAGCACGAAUUUUUACUAAGCACAUCAGUCAAGUCAGAGCAUGUAUGGAGCGUAACAAUCUUUCAUUUUCCUGUGUAUUUAUAGGAUCUACCAUUCCCAGCAAUAACCAUUUGUAAUCUGAACAAAUUCAGAGCAGGUGGCUUACACCAUCAUCUUCCAAAUGUAAGCAGACUCCUUAGAAACUACCGCAACAAAAAACAAUUUCAACGAGGGCCAUCAAAAAGUGACUGGCAAAGUUCUGAGGAGCAGAAAAGGUUUUUCUUUGAAAAAGUGUGGAGUAGGAGUGGAAUUGGUACAAGUGACAUGGGUUCUGCGAAUGUGGAUUCCGUCUCGUCUACAGAUAUCCUGGAAACUGUGAUAGAGGAAGCGAGUGCCAAGUACCCCCUGGAACAAUUGAAAAAGGCAGGACAUCUAUUUGAUAAUCUCGUUGUCAGUUGUCGCUGGAUGGGAAUACAGUGCAAAACUGG